ACAAUUUGCCUGCUGGUACAGUGCAUCAUGUUGGCUAGGUGUUCACAAGCCUGCUAAUUGGCGUUCAGAUAUCAUCGUGAAUUUCAUAUUUUCUUAUAAUAUUGUCGACAUUAUUUCGCUGCUUCGCCGGGGACACAUUCAGGUUAUUGAGGCCACAGCAUGUGUCUCACUUGCUGAAAUGAUCGUUGUCUGAAGGACUACUAUUUUGUUGAUGUCAUCCGUACAAGAUAUCGUAUAGCGACCUUCAAUUGACUUGAAAGAGCAAAACACUUAUCUUUUUUUUUUUUUUUACAUCCAGAUUUGAUAUUUUCCAGUGACAUUUGGCGUCAAGGAUGGGACUUUCGUUGCCUGCUGUCUUGCUGCUAUGCUGCUUAACCCUGACAACCGGUUCAGAUUUUCUGUCGGGGUCCGAACCGUCCGGACGGGCGGCUUUUGUCAGGGGUUCGAACCGAGCUUCGAAAAUCACAAAGCGGUCUUUGCCCGCUUGGCUGCCUUAUCCACAAAAACACAACAUAAGGAAGAGAAGCGCCCCCUCGGACGCCUCCUGCGACGCUCUUCAAGGAUAUGAAACCAAGUUAGACAACAACACUCAUCGUCAUACCUUCAAUGACCUCAGUGGAUCCGUGUCACUGGCUUGGGUUGGAGAUGGCACAGGGGUCAUGCUGGCUUUAACAACUUUUCAGGUUCCCUUCUUCAUGAUUAGACUUGGACAGUCCAAAUUAUAUCGAAGUGAGGACUAUGGCAAAACUUUCUUGGAUGUCACAGAUCUCAUCAACAACACCUUCAUCAUGUCGGAGUUUGGCAUUGCUAUCGGGCCUGAGAAUUCAGGGAAAGUGAUCUUGACAGGAGAGGUGUCUGGAGAUCACAGUUCACGGAUCUUUGUGUCUAGCGACUUUGGGAAGAGUUUUACCCACCAAGAACUGCCCUUCAACCCACUCGUCCCGAUAAUGUACAACCCCGAGAAUUCCAAUGUGCUACUGGGCCUGGGCAACAAAGAUGAGCUUUGGCUGACUGAAGAUUUUGGGGUUAACUGGAAAAAGAUCCAUGACAUGGUGUGUCUGGUGAAAUGGGGGAGAAAAAAUGCCAUCUUCUUUUCAACCAAUCGCAAUGGAUCCUGUAAUGACCGGGGAGUGCUUGAGCUUAGGAGAACAACUGAUAAUGGGAAAACCAUCACAACUGUCGCCACAAAAAUCUACUCCUUUGGCCUGGGUGGACGCUUCCUCUUUGCUUCUGUGAUGAUGGGCAAGGGCACUCUGCGUAAGAUCCACGUGUCAGUGGAUCAGGGAGAGACUUGGAACAUGGCUCAAUUGCCUGCUGUUGGCCAUGAGCAGUUCUACUCUAUCCUGGCAGCAAGUGAUGAAAUGGUCUUCAUGCAUGUCGAUGAUCCGGGAGAUACUGGCUUUGGCACCAUUUAUGUGUCAGAUGACCGAGGCACUGUUUACUCCAAGUCAUUAGCACGUCACCUUUACACCACCACUGGCGGUGACACGGACUUCACUAACGUCACCUCCCUGCGAGGAGUUUUCAUCACCAGCAUCUUGUCUGAAGAUAACUCUGUGCAGUCCGUGGUGUCUUAUGACCAGGGAGGGGAGUGGUCUCCUAUUCAGAAACCUGCCAACAGCCAGUGUGACGCUACAGCUAAAGACCCAGAAAAGUGCAGUCUUCAUAUUCACGCUGCCUACAGUACUGCUAUGAGGCUCAAUGUCCCCAUGCUGCCUCUGAGUGAACCAAAUGCUCUGGGUCUAAUAUUAGCUCACGCAAGUGUUGGUGAUGCAAUAUCAGUGAUGAACCCCGAUGUGUACGUGUCUGAUGAUGGAGGCUACACCUGGAUCAAGGCUCUUGAUGGACCCCAUCAUUAUGCUAUUUUGGACUCUGGUGGCCUGCUGGUGGCUGUGGAACACAAUCCCAACGAACCAAUUGACAAGAUCAAGUUUUCUACUGACGAAGGGCAGUGCUGGCAUUCAUAUACCUUCACCCAGGAGCCCAUCUACUUCACAGGGCUUGCAUCAGAGCCUGGUGCUCGCUCGAUGAAUGUCAGCAUUUGGGGCUACAAAAACAGUUUGCUCAGCCAGUACUGGAUCUCCACCACCAUUGACUUCAGGGAUCUGCUCACUAGAGACUGUGUGGACAGUGAUUAUGUUCAGUGGUUGGCUCACUCUGAUGACAUCAGUUACCCCAACGAUGGCUGCAUGCUGGGCUAUAAAGAAAAAUUUCUGCGUCUCAAGAAAGACUCUGUUUGCUGGAAUGGUCGAGAUUUUAUGAUUACCACUCAGCCAACACCUUGUCAGUGCACACUGGAUGACUUUCUGUGUGACUUUGGGUAUUACCGCAAAGAGAAAAGCUCAGAGUGCGUGGAGGAGCCUGACCUGAUGGGCAAGGUGUUGGAGUUUUGUCUGCAUGGCAAAGAAGAACAACUGGUGACUCAUGGCUACAGGAAAAUCCCCGGAGAUAAGUGUGAGGGGGGAGAUAUUCCUGAGCGAAAAGAGAUUGACCUCAGUCAGAGGUGUGUCAGUGACUUGUGGAGCCCUGAAUUGCAGAAAACAGGCCCUUCCUCCAAAUCCGUACCCAUUGUGAUAACAAUUGUCAUCAUCAUGCUAUUGAGUACCGUCGCCGGAGUCUUCUUUGUCAAGAAAUACGUCUGCGGUGGCAGGUUCUUAGUUCACAGAUACUCUGUACUGCAGCAACACGCGGAAGACAACGCUGCUGACAUCACAGACGACCCACUCGACAACGACCACGCUCCAAAUGGAAAGAUCGAGUUCCAUGACGACUCGGAUGAGGACCUGUUGGAAUAGCAGGUAGAGCCUGUAAAUCCAUCUCAACGGGAUUCUCGCCUACCUGGUGACUGGAGACUUGUUCCUGUCACACACAUUUGUCUCCAGCUACUUCUUCCUUUCAUUGAGUAAUGAUCUUUGACCUCAGCUGCCAGACCGAAGGUCUGUGUCACUUUGCUGUCCUUUAUGAAGUAACAUGAAUGUACGCUGGCUGCCUGGACAUGGAAAUGUUAUAUGGUCUUGUCGAGACUUGGGUGUAAAAUCGCAGCAUUGUGUAUUUAUUAUCAUGUGGAUGCAAGACAAGUCAGGACAGGAGAAAUUAGUUUGGAGGUGAUUGUGGUUAUGUAAAUGCUUCCCGGGGCCUGCCUCUGCUAUCCAUUGGCGAGCGCUCCUAAAACUAUUGUCACAUCUUUUGAAGAUGCAUGUUAUUUCUCUGCACUUGUAUGUAUAUAGUAGUCUCAUAAAAUGUGAUAUCAGCUUGGUAGGUGAUUGCUGGAUAAUGACUUCCCAAUUAUUUACUACUAUUAACAACUACUUUUUAUGAGGUUUUUGAUUGUCCAUGAGGCCAGAAUCUGACAAUUUUUGGCCUCAGUUUAAAUUAGAUUAGAUAGUACUUUAAUUAAUCUAAUCUAAUUUAAACUGAGGCCCAAAAAUGUUGCUUAAUGGGCACUUUGUGUGUAUUGGGAAAAUUACAGUAGCCUGCAAAUGUGUCUCUCUCUUCAACAUUAAGUUUAAUGGUUGAAAUAAGAAGCACAACUAAAAGCUUCCAUUUGAUUGGCUAUCAGUAGCAAUAAUGUCUAAAUUUGCUGUAUUUGCAUUUAUUGGAAAAUCUUCCAUUAGCACAAUAUCUGUAAUCUCGCCAGCUGUUUUUUGAUGAAUGAUGGUUGCAAAACUGUUUCAAGGCAAUAUUAUGUACAGUUGAACUGCUGAAAGCACAAUGUGUGUAUGCUCAAAAGUUUCACAAUUUACCCAAAUGUGCUCAAGCUACAAAACGUUUGUCUGCAAUAAUCUAGGUACUCGUUAGUCUUGUCUAUAAUGACGGCUCCAACAGAUUUGUACUAAAGCUUGUGCGUUAUGCGGCUCAUAGCAGAUACAUAGUUUCAUAGCAAAUAUCACUUUAUUUUUCAAGACAGUUUGGAAUUUGCUAUAAACACACAGGAGCAAAUAAAUGAUGUAAGUAUUGUAAGACAUACAAGGUGACAGAAGCAGGUAUGUAAAUAACACAAGGGUGCGAGAUUGUUGACUUUUUAUUUGACUUGAAAAGCAAAUCCAACAAUAAUUUAUACCAUCAAAUCCUAGAACUACUGACAUAUGUCUCAAAGCUUUGUCCUCCACCUGAGACAUUUUCACUGUUGUUUUUCUGGUGUUUAUAUUACAAUGACGUCAUACCAGUUUUAUUUAUUUGUCAUUAGCAGGUUCAGAGUGCAGUAAAUGUUGUGUAGUUCGAAUGUGGUUGUUUAAUUGCCGCGUGCAAGGAUAUGAUAUGUUGCUCCACUUUGUGUGCACUUUUCCUCCACAUGAGCUCCUAGUGAAGCGCAUGUAAUACCUUACGGUAACGUCUUACAGUUUUUCACGCCUCAACAUAAGACCAUUCUAAUAUUUGAUAAAACUUAAACCUAUGUAGUGGAGUUGCUUAGACAUUAAGGGAUGUUCUUAUUUGAUCAAUAAAAGUUAUGCUAUCUCAUGUUUCACACAGUCUGGUAUAAAAUGUAGAAAGAAGGUUUUGUAAAUAUGCAAGUUACAUCUUUGUAUCUGCUUUUUUCAUUCUAGGCAUUUUUUCUUUGGGUUUGCCAAUAAAUUAACAAUGUUUAUCUA